GCGAUGAUCUCUCAGAACAUCAUUAUAGUCCUGUUGUCCAGCUGAGACAGUGUGCUGCCGUUGCAAAGACGUGACUGUGAUAAGUGAAACCAUGUUUAAAGUUGUCAUUUUGCUUGGAGUUCUCCUGAGCCUGGCCUUGGCUGAUUCUCAGCAGAAUGACUUGGCAUCCAAACGAGUUGAGCGCGGACGUCCUGGCUCCUUCAAAAAUGGCCCUCUGUCUUCUCGCCGCCAUCAUGGUCGCCCUUGUUUGGACUCAAAGUUGCUCCAGGACCUUCUUGCCCUCCUAAAGAACCAACAGACCACAACUGCACCAACUAGUACAACUACAACAGCUACAACUACCACCACAGCAGCUUCUACACCCACACCUGCAACUACCACUACCACAGCAGCUUCUACACCCACACCUGCAGCUACCACUACCACAGCCACUGCUACUACAGUGUGAAAUUUAGAAUGAAAAUCUGUGCUUAAUAAGUUUUAAAUCACCAGUUUGUGAUCUUUUACUGGGAACUCCACCCUGUCUAAAAUGAUCUUCUUGUUCCAGUGAAUGUAAAUUUAAAUCUCUUUUUUCGCUGUGGUAUAUUCUAAA